ACUUUAACUGGACACACAGGAUCAUCUGCGUCUCAACACACAAGCACACACAGACAGGAGACAGAAUGAGUCCCAAGCACAUCAUCUACAAGAAAAUCUCCAGAGAUAAAUCUGUGGGCGUUUACAUGGGGAAGCGAGAUUUCGUGGACCACUGUGAUUUUGUUGAUCCUGUUGAUGGCGUUGUGCUGAUCGACCCAGAGCAGGUGAAAGAUAAGAAAGUGUUCGUGAUGCUCUCCUGCACCUUCCGCUACGGUCGCGAGGACAUGGAUGUGAUGGGGAUGGCGUUUCGCAGGGAUAUUUUCCUGUGCACGCGGCAGGUUUAUCCUCCUCUGCAGGAUAAAGAGCGCAGCAUUCACACUAAAGUGCAGGAGAAGAUCCUGCGCAAACUGGGAGUCAACGCUCAUCCUUUUUUCUUUGAGUUUCCAGAUAACCUGCCCUGUUCAGUGACUCUGCAGCCGGCGCCCACCGAUGUAGGAAAGCAAUGUGCUGUGGAGUUUGAAGUGAAGGCCUUCUGUGCAGAAAAUCAGGAUGACAACAGCUUUCUGUGCCUACCAGUAGGCACAGAAGGCCCCCACUGGCCCAUAUCUAUCAGCUGAUAACCACCGAUAAUGCAGUUUAUUGUAGUGCAAUUGAUCAUGGAUGCUUAAUACUUGCAUUUUGAUCCAUAUAAUAUAUAUAUAUUUAAACCAAAUCCUUGUUCGAAGUGUGAAAUUAGUUGUACAGCUUUUUCUUAGACACUAAAAAUAUAAAUCUAGAGCUCUAUACAGUGCAUAAUAAUAUGUUUGUAACGAGCUCAUGUAUUGCAUGGUAAUUAACUCUGUUGUUAUUUGCUUUGAGCUCAAAUAAAAGCUGUUUGUGACAGCAAA